AUGGAAAAUUUGCCCAACGAAACUGAAAACGUCAACCGGAGUGCUUCGAUGACUCCAGUCUUGGCAAGAGAUGUAACAACACCAAACAAACAAAUUAAUGCUUCGGAAUUACUGAAGCCAGAACACUUGGAAAACAUAGCUCUCUCUGUCAGUUCGACUAGCAACUCUAAAUCAAGUUCCAGUUCUAAUUCAAGCUCCACUUCAAGCUCCAGUUCAAACUCAACCAGUAGCGUUAGUACCACAAUUAUCUCUAACAUCGAAACAGCCCCAGUGCCAGCUCCAAACCUAGCUACAUCUCUACUUCCAGCGUCAACCUCCGAAGAAACAAACUUGAGCCAAUCAACAAUUUCCUUGGAACGCGAUCGUACAGAGGAAUGGGUUGCAGCCCAGAACCAAGAGGACACUACCAACGAUAUUCCUGAAGAAAUAUACGCAGAAAUCGAUAAGAGGUUGCAACAACGAAGAAAUGGGCAGAAACUGAAAUUUAUGCGUAUAAUUAACAAUAUUCG